AUGGGCGUUGAAAAGAACACCACCUCCGACAUUGAGGACCCCGUGAUGGCAGAGAAGGACUUUCAGACGGGCGUUGUUACGGAUCUCGACGAAGGUGCAGUCUUUCUGCAAGAAAAUGGCAUCACGAGCGACCGUGUUCACGAGCUCCUUGGAGACAAGGCUCGUAACAAGGCUCUGGUGCGCAAGGUUGAUUUACUCCUCCUGCCUCUUCUAGCAGGCACCUACAUGCUUCAGUAUAUCGACAAAUCGGCUCUGGCAUACUCGGCGGUUUUCGACUUGUUCACAACAACGCAUAUGACAAGUAGCCAAUACAGCUGGCUGGCCAGCAUUUUCUACUUCGCAUACCUUGUAGCAGAGUAUCCCUGGGGUUACCUCGCACAGACGACAAAAAUGGCCAAGGUGGUGUCUGGGAACGUAGUGGCCUGGGGUGCAAUCCUUAUGAUUACUGCGGCUUGCACCUCGUUCACUGGCAUGGCCAUCUGCCGAUUUCUCCUCGGUGUUUUUGAAGCUCCAAUCACACCUUGCUUCAUGUUGAUUGUGGGUAUGUGGUACACAAGGGCCGAACAGCCGUUUCGUGCAGGCGUGUUUUAUAGUUGCAACGGUCUGGGUGCAAUGAUCGGCGGCCUGCUCAGCUUUGGCAUCGGCCAGAUCAAGACCAUUGCGGUUUGGCGAGCCAUCUAUUUGAUCCUAGGUGGUGUCACUGUCUUAUGGGGUGUCUUAUUGCUCUUCUUUCUCCCAGACGACAUCAUGUCAGCCAAGCGCUUUACUCUCGAGGAUAAAGCCCUCCUCAUUGGCCGCGGUCGACUCAAUCGGACAGGCAUCAUCAACCGCCAGAUCAAAUGGUACCAGAUUCGGGAAGCGUUUAUUGACCCUCAAGUCUGGAUGCUGUUUUUCUUCAUGUUGUUCAAUGAGACAAUCAACGGCGGUAUCGCUAGUUUCAGCAAACUUAUUAUCAAGGGAUUGACAGGCGACCCGCUCACAACAGUUGCUCUAGGAAUUCCGUUCGGCGCGUUUCAGAUGUUAUGGGUCCUGUCGGGCACCUAUCUUGCGUCACGAAUUCCCAACUUUCGCACCGUUGUUAUGUUUGCUUAUUUGAUUCCGACCAUUGUUGGCAUAUGUAUGAUGUGGAAACUGUCUCAUAAGACGCAAAAAGUUGGAGUUCUGUUUGGCUACUACAUUGUCGGCGCAUAUGUAUGCUCCCUUGUACUCGCAUUACAAAUGCCUGCCACAAACCUGGGCGGUUACACAAAGCGUACAACCAGUGUUGGGCUAGUCUUCCUGGCGUAUUGCAUUGGAAAUAUCAUCGGCCCUCAUGCGUUCUUAGCAAAAGAAGCCCCUAUUUACCAAACUGGAUGCAGGGUCAUCCUAGCUUGUUCGUCUGCUCAAGCAGUCCUGGCUAUCUGUCUGCGGUUGCUCUUUAUUCAUCGCAACAAGCAGAGAGAUCUCGCAGCUGCGAAUGCAGCCAGCGGAGAAGGCUCCGAGGGUCCUUUCGAUGGAGACGACUUGCAUGAUUUAACAGACUUCGAGAACCCGCGCUUCCGGUAUGUGUUAUGA